ACAGCUCUCCAAGGGAACCAGCUCCUGGUGCUGAUCUGAACUUCAGCUGACACCAUGUGUGAUGAUGAUGAGACCACCGCUCUUGUGUGCGACAAUGGCUCAGGCCUGGUAAAGGCUGGCUUUGCCGGAGAUGACGCACCUCGUGCUGUCUUCCCUUCCAUCGUUGGUCGCCCUCGCCACCAGGGUGUCAUGGUAGGCAUGGGACAGAAAGACUCAUACGUGGGUGAUGAGGCCCAGAGCAAGAGAGGUAUCUUGACCUUGAAGUACCCAAUUGAGCAUGGUAUUAUCACAAACUGGGAUGAUAUGGAGAAGAUCUGGCACCACACUUUCUACAAUGAGCUGCGUGUGGCCCCGGAGGAACACCCCACCCUCCUUACUGAGGCUCCCCUUAACCCUAAAGCCAACAGAGAGAAGAUGACACAGAUCAUGUUUGAGACCUUCAAUGUCCCCGCCAUGUACGUAGCUAUCCAGGCUGUGCUAUCACUCUAUGCCUCUGGCCGUACCACUGGUAUUGUACUGGACUCUGGUGAUGGUGUGACCCACAACGUCCCCAUCUAUGAAGGUUAUGCUUUGCCCCACGCCAUCAUGCGUCUGGAUCUGGCCGGUCGUGACCUGACUGACUACCUGAUGAAGAUCCUGACUGAGCGUGGCUACUCUUUCGUGACCACUGCUGAGCGUGAGAUUGUGCGUGACAUCAAGGAGAAGCUUUGCUACGUCGCACUGGACUUUGAGAAUGAAAUGGCCACUGCUGCCUCCUCCUCUUCUCUGGAGAAGUCCUACGAGCUGCCUGAUGGCCAGGUCAUCACCAUCGGAAAUGAGCGUUUCCGCUGUCCCGAGACCCUUUUCCAGCCCUCCUUUAUUGGUAUGGAGUCUGCUGGUAUCCAUGAGACCACCUAUAACAGCAUCAUGAAGUGUGACAUUGACAUUCGUAAGGACUUGUAUGCCAACAAUGUCCUUUCUGGUGGCACCACCAUGUAUCCAGGAAUUGCUGACCGUAUGCAAAAGGAAAUCACUGCUCUGGCCCCCAGCACCAUGAAGAUCAAGAUCAUCGCCCCUCCAGAGCGCAAGUACUCCGUCUGGAUUGGUGGCUCUAUCCUGGCUUCCCUGUCCACCUUCCAGCAAAUGUGGAUCAGCAAGCAGGAAUAUGAUGAGGCUGGCCCAUCCAUCGUCCACAGGAAGUGCUUCUAAGUGUCGGGAUACACAUAUACUACACUGCUGAUUAUGGAUGCAAAGAAGCAAAAUUCUUAACAUUACCUCCACCUGUUACGCAUGCAGGCAGAUUUCGGCAUUACUUUUUCUUGUACAGUAUUUUUACACCCAAGUUAAAUUUAUUUGUAGUUAUUGACUGGUUCAGAAAUAAAUUUGUAUGUGGAUAUUUAUUGGUUUUUAAAUAAACAAGACAGGGAAUCAUUUUCCCCUGAAAAGCA